UGUUGCGGAACCAGGCACUUUUUAACACUAAUGACCAAUUUUUACUUAUCCCUGCAAUGAUGACCCUUGCUUCAAAGAUAGCACACGAUAAUCGCUCACAGGGCUCUAAAAUUGUUAGCAUGACAUUUGUUAAGCAGGAGAAGAGUGAACACUUACAGCAGCUGCUCGAGCAGGAUAAAAGUAUAAACAAUGGAGUGAGCCAAGAAGAGAUGUCAGAACUGAACAAGACGGAUUAUGAAAAAGAAAUUGUGGGAGAUGCACAGAAAGAGGAUGGAACAUCACCAAAUAUUAACUGUGUCUCAUUAACUGAGGUUCACCUUCCAGAAUCUGAACCUCCCAGAUAUGUGUGUAAUAAAAAAAAGUUGGAAUUCAAAAACACUUUCCUAAAAUGUCUCUAUCUUAAAUUUAGCACCAAACCAGAUAGUGGCAUCCUGUCUGGCAAGAAAGCAUUUCUGGCAGAGGAAAUUGCAAAAAUCUCUCUUGGUCACAUAAAAUCCAGUUUGUUUUCUUGGGAGGUUAUACAGUAUAAUAAUCUAUCCUCCAACAUAAUAGGCCCCAUUUUGCUAACUAUACUGCGCCACUGCAAGCCAAGUGAAGGCAAUGGAGAAGAUGAGGCAGCAGCCAUAUCUGAAGAAUGUUUGGAAAUUGCUAAGUUCUUCUUGAUGUUAUAUGCUGAUGAGCUAUGUGAGCAGAUAUUUAAUGAUGUUGCUGCUGGUGGUAUUGAUUUGAUCCCAGACUGCUCAGAGAAGCACCGCAAAAGUCCAAAGGAUGUAAUUCAAGGCCAUAUUACAAAGAAAGGGAUGAUGGAACAAGUAGAUAUGAUAGAACCCCAAAAAUACCAACCUACAGAGUCUUCCCAAUUACGUUCUCCAAAAUCCACCAACAUUCAACUACCAAAGUCUGCCGAAACUCAACUAUCAGAGAUACCCACCAAUUUAUCACCAAAGCAACAUUUAAUUAGUGAAGAGUUGAUAGUUCCAGAUGAAGAAGAAACUGCAAUUACCAUUGCCAAUGAGAUAGAAGUUGCACAGGCCGUAGAGCCAGUUCCUUCAGUCUCUACCGAAUGUACCGGUGAACCUAUGGAUCAAGGCUUAAUGCAAGCUUCUAUGUAUGAUUUAAUUAAAGUUCUAGCACACACCAUUCUCCAGGGAGCACUAAUGCUUUCAGAACCGAAUACAUUAACUACAAUUGGCUCACCCAGUCACUCAGUGUCAUCUGAUACAUGUGAGGCAUGUCUAGACAGCAAAUGGUACUAUUCAACAAUCUCUGGUGCUGUUGCAGAAUAUAAAGGCAAUAAUGCUUUUGGUCUCUCUAAGAUAAUUGCAAAGAAGAUAAGGCCAGAUUGUGUCAGGCACCUGUUGGAGCACAUGAAGCCUUCACACUUUGGGCCCCAUCAUCAAAUGUGGACUUCUCAAGUCAAGACUAUCCACCCAGUAGACUCUAUCUCAGAGAUUAAAGUUACCAACUUGAACAUCUGUGAAGACAAGUACAAAAAAGAACUCCAAGUCAUUCUACAGUGGUCAGUGGCCUCUGAGCUUGAUGUUGCUGAGAUGUUUCUUGUGGUAAAUGAUGAAGCGAUUUUAGAAAAGCUUGAAAAACUUGAGAUGCAGGUACGAACCAAAAAGCAAUGCGUGGGUGACCUUUUACAGGCAGUUUUGAAUUACCAUCAGGAGAGAGAAAAAGCAGAACUAAGGGAGGAACUGCUUGACUGGUUACUUAACAACAUGUAGAAUGCCAGCAGUCUGCAAAAUCCUCAAAUCAUCAUUGUCUACAUCAGUGUCAAGUGUUUUCAACAAUUACAACUAAUGGACCUGAGACAAUCAGCUCUUUUUAGAUUGUUAGCAAAACUAUAGUAUCUCAGGGGAAAGUGCAAUAAAAUCAAGAGGGAAAACA